AUGGGUUCGUAUGACACGCGCAACGAGCUGUCCGCAGUAGAUGUGAUCGACAUCCAAUCGGACGCGGAAAAGAUCUCCUUGUCCAAAGACACCCAAAAUUCACUGAAAUCAGAGCCCCCUAGCUUUUCCUCUCUGCUGCUAUGGGACGAGCAGGGCCUGAAACGCUUCGAAGCCAUCACUUACGUCCCUGAAUACUACCCGACCAAUUGCGAAAUCGAGCUCCUGGAAAAGCACAGCCAUGACAUAGCGCAGAGGAUUGAGCCGAACUCAAUCAUUGUGGAAUUGGGCAGUGGAUGUUUGCGCAAGAUCAAGAUCUUACUAGAAGCGCUGGAGGCAAUUGGCAAACCUGUGGACUACUACGCACUUGAUCUCUCCCGCUCAGAGCUUGAGCGGACGUUGCAAUCGGUGUCUCCUGGCAGCUUUAAGAACGUGAAGUGGCAUGGAUUACUCGGGACCUACGAUGACGGGCUGAGGUGGCUACAAAGGCCUGAAAAUGCCUCCAGCCCCAGGGUUGUGCUCUCCCUGGGGUCGACUUUGGGAAGCUUCACCCGCCCAGAAGCGGCGGAAUUCUUGGCUGGCUUUGUCGAUGUCCUAAAUCAUGGAACUUCUGCAAGUGAGCCUUUGGUCAUCAUUGGCCUAGACGGUUGCAAGGACGGUGAAAAGGUAUGGCAUGCCUACAAUGACUCGGAGAAUCGAAACGAAGAGUUUAUAAGGAAUGUACUGGACCACGCAAACCGCAUUCUCCGCAAAGACGUAUUUCGUCAGGAGGAAUGGGAACGACGAGGCGAGUGGAACGACAAACGGGGGAGACACGAGCAGUAUCUUGUGCCCCACAAAGAUGUCUGGUUUCAGGGCCGCUGCCUGAAGGCGGGCGAAAAGAUCUUUGUGGUUUCAAGCCAUAAAUACGACACCACAGAGCGAAAACAGUUAUGGGAGGGUGCGGGACUUAGCGAGCUCAAGGGGUGGCAGACUCCUGAACAGCAUUAUGGUGAGUGCUUUCGAUUCUGUACCUUCUGCAACGGUAACUGA